AGAUAAAACGCAGCAACCGUACCCACCCAUCAUCGCUCUGCUGUUAAUGCUAUAGUAAUUUUUUACUUCACCAAAAAUCUGUUCUAAGAGAGAAAAUUAUGUCGGUGUACGAAUCUGAGGAGCACACGAGCUCAAGCAGCAUUGAAAUCCAACGAAUUUCGUCGGUAUUGGAAACGCGAAAGGCUUUGGUCGAGGAGGGUUUACGCUUCUGCGAUCACGUCAAAGACACGCUGCGAAAACUCGUCGAAGACUUGGAGAGCGCGCGGAUUUUAAUCCACGAAAAAGAGGAGCAUGUGAAGAUAGUUGUCAUCAAGCUCGGAGAGUGUGAGCAUAAGCUGAACGAAAAAGAGACCAAGAUUGAGGAGCUGGAAAGUGCCGUGAACGAAUUAAAAAAAGACAAGGACGAUUUGAAGGAUAAGUUGUCCGAUUUGCAUAGCAAACUGGACAGUCUGGACUCUCAACUGAAUUCCAAGGACAGCGAUAUUGACGACCUGAAAAGUAAGGUCGAAAAGCAAGCUGAAGAAAUUGAGGAGCUGAAGAAAAAAUUAGAAGAAAAGGAACGAGAAAAUGAGGAGCUGAGAAAUAAUCAAAAGUCAGAAGAGAAAGAGGUGCAACCAGGUUCCGAUUCAUCCAGUAGCUCUUCGUCAGAUGAGGAGUGAAGUGAGAAGAAGGAGAGAAUUUAAUGUAAAUUGAAUAAAUUGAAACAUUUUCAUCAUUUUAAUUUGA